AUGGUAGAAGAAUCAGACUUGGAAAAAUUAGAUUAUUUAGAAAUGGUCAUAAAAGAAGUUUUUAGUCUUCAUCCCGUAGGACCACUUUUGAUCCCUCAUGAAUCCAUUGAAGAUUGCACAAUUGAUGGAUUUGAUAUACCUAAAGGUUCAAGAAUUCUAGUAAAUAGUUGGGCAACUGGAAGAGGUCCAGAAGUUUGGUCUGCACCCGAGUUUGUACCAGAAAGAUUUAUCGGUAGCAACAUUGAUCUUCUUGGACGUGAUUUUCAACUUUUACCUUUUGGCUCAGGAAGAAGAAAUUGUCCUGGAUUACAAUUAGAAUUCACAAUUGUUUGUCUUGUGCCAGCACAACUGUUUCAUUAUUUAGAUUGGGAGCUACCAAAUGGUAUGAAGCCAAAUGAUUUAGACAUGACCGAGAAAUUCGGUUUAGUUACGUAUAGAGCUGAGCAUGCAAGGGUUAUUCCUACUUAUCGACUGAAUGUAUACUAG